CUCGCUGGCUUUAGCGAAUUUCUUCUGGAUUCUGGAUCCUGCACCGUCGUGCGUGAAAUCGCAAUUCCGCGCACGUAAUAGUCGGGUGGUUUUUAUUUAUAUUUCGCGCAAUACCCUCGGCCUCGAUCAACCCGGUCUCGUUUAAGAGAAGCUUCUUUUGUGCGCGCAGAAGCGAUAGAGGCUGAGAGGCACCGUCGUUGGCCGGAUGAGUCUGACGAUAAUCCGGUCACUAGUCAGUUACACAAGUCGGUCCACAUCUGUGUCGAGACACGUUCGUCAUUCGUACGUGCGAUCCCCACGCGUGUGUGAAUCAUGUCAAUUGACCUGCGCGACCCAUUGUGUCGAUCCGACAGUUUCUUUUCUUUUUCCCUCCUGCGAGACCAUUCCCGUAGACAGAAGGUCAUAUUAGUUUGAGCUAUAUACUAUGUCUUAUCCGAUUAGACACGUGGACGUUAUUGAUUGGCCAAAUCAACGUCGUGAUCGGACGUUUCCUACUUCUUGAAACUUGCCUACUCGAGCCAUUCAGGAAUCAGGCGAGCCUUCAGGCGAGUCAGAACGCGACAAUCUAUUUCGGAAAGCACGUGCCCGACACGAUAAAGGAAAAGAGCGAGGCACGAUGAUUGUGGCUGUGACUUUGGCGAUCUUAACUAUUCUUCUUACUAUUGUCUUCUUGCGACAGAGACCAAAGUGUCCUCCAGGUCCCUUUCCUUGGCCGUUUAUUGGAAAUGGAUAUUAUUUGAAAAAAUUAACGCGUCAACUCGGUGGACAACACAUUGCUUUUCUGGAACUCUGCAAGACAUAUAAGAGCGGCAUCAUAAGUUUACGGUUGGGUACCAGCAACGUCAUUGUUGUCUCGGACAGCAAGCUUAUACACGAAAUGUGCCUUUGCGAGAAGUACGAUGGACGACCAUGGAACGAAUUUAUAAAGCUACGAAACAUGGGAAUGAGGAAAGGGAUCACGAUGAACGACGGCACCGAGUGGAAAGAAUUGCGCGUUUGGGUGGUACGAACUCUGAGGAGCGUCGGUUUCGCCAAGCAGGCGAUGAUGGACCUGCUCGUUGACGAAAUGACACUCAUCCUGGAGAGGCUGGCGGAUGGCGGAGUGCGACAGAUACGACCCGCGAUCGCGCCCGCGGUGAUAGAUGUCCUCUGGCUAAUGAUCACGGGACGGAAGCCAUCCGAGAAUCUCCCGAGGUUACAGAAGUUCAUGGAUCUGCUGGAUCGUCGCGCGCAACAGUUCGAUUUGACCGGUGGGAUUCUGGCCACUUUCCCCUGGAUACGUUACGUCGCGCCGGAGAUGUCGGGAUACAACAUCCUCAUCGCGUUAAACAACGAGCUGAAGAACUUCCUAAUGGACACUAUCAAGGAGCACAAGGAGCGGUACGUCAAAGGAAACGAGGCGGACUUUAUCGAUAUGUUCCUCUAUGAGAUGUACAACAGCGAGGAGCAUCGAGACAAAGUUUCCCUGUUUACAGAGGACAAUCUGCUCGUGACGUUGAUCGACUUCUUCAUCGCCGCGAUUAACAACACGACGUCGACUUUGGAUAUUCUUUUCUUGCAAAUGGCCAAUCAUCAGGAUGUGCAACGCAAGCUGCACGAGGAGAUCGACGCCGCGAUCGGUCCCCACAGGUUUCCCAAUCUGAAGGACAGAGUCAAAAUGCCCUUCACGGAGGCGGUAUUAACCGAGUGCCAACGCAUAUGGCUCGUCACACCUGUAAUCGGACCACGUCGCGUUCUUAGUAACACUACUCUCGACGGUUACGAGAUACCAAAGAACACCACCGUCCUUAUGAAUGUGUAUUCGAACAAUAUGGAUCCGAAAUUCUUCCCCGAUCCGACUUCGUUUAGACCGGAGAGAUAUAUAAACAAGGAUGGAGCUUAUCAACCACAUGACAGUAUUAUACUGUUCGGAAAAGGAAAGAGAAGAUGCCCCGGAGCAGCUUUGGCAAGAUCGGCUAUAUUCUUACUGUUUGUCGGGGUAAUGCAGAAGUAUCGUUUACUCCCGGUGCCAGGUAAAAAAUCUAUUAAAAUGGAACUAACCACCGGAUUGACAAUUGCACCGAAGCCUUACGAAAUGUUAGUCGUUCCGAGAUAAGAUUACAUUGCACACUUAGGUAAGUGAGAGGCUCUCAUUUUGAAAAUGUUUCGCGUUAGUUUUAUCAAAUUGACGCGCGUUAGCGCGUACGCUACGAUUCUUUUAAUGUUAUUUUAUUCUUUGUUUCGUUAUACUUUUUUGAGAUACGUAUAUACGUAUGUGAACAGAAGAAAAAAGAAAAAAGAAAAAAGCAAAAGAACGAAAGUAUUAUACACACAGAUCUUACAUAUACGUACACUUGUAUCUUCUCUCUUCGUUCGCUUAUUUUUUUUUAAAUAGUAUUAAAAGCACUAUACACACACAGAAUAGUAUACGAGAAUUUACCGAGCUGGUGUCACAUUAUAAAUGUAAAUACGAAUUUACUAUAAAUUAAAAUAUUGUAGAUUACAUAUCAA